AGGCGGGGGCGGCGGGGCCCAGGAGCGCGGGGAGCCGAGCGGCAGACGCCGGGCCGGCAUGGCGUGGCCCUGCAUCAGCCGCCUCUGCUGCCUGGCGCGGCGCUGGAACCAGCUGGACCGCUCCGACGUGGCCGUGCCGCUGACCCUGCACAGCUACUCGGACCUCGAGAGCGAGGAGCCAAUCCCGGGCGGUGUUCCCUCGCGCAGAGGCCCAUCUCCCGCAGGCUCCCGGGACCCCGGCCGGGACGUGCCGCUCACUCAGUACCAGCGGGACUUCGGCGUAUGGACGGCGCCCUCGGGGUCCAGAGAUGCAACGCAGGGACGCGGACCGGGAGCAAGCAGCCGCAGGGCCAAGCCCCCCGCAACCCCCGGCCGGGGGGUCUACGUGCUCCCCAUCGGCGACGCGGAUGCGGCUGCAGUGGCGACCACAUCAUACAGACAGGAAUUCCAGGCUUGGACUGGAGUGAAGCCAUCAAGAUCCACAAAAGUGAAGCCCACCAAAGUCAUCACAACCCACAGCUCUGGAUGGGAUGGCAGCCCCAGGGCCAGUUUCCAGGCCCCUGAGGUGAGGAAAAAGUUUGCCCCUAACCCCUCAGCCAUCUUUCAGGCCUCGGCUCCCCGGAUCCUCAACGUGUGACUGCCCACCGAAGAGCGAGCCACAGGGGAUCAGAACCCACCACCGGGGACUGCAGUGAGGUCUCAGGACUGGAUGGCCCCGUCAGGGGAGGGGCCUCCGUUCUCGCCAGGGGGCACCACUCUGCAAGCCACACGGGUGCUGUGAGCAGAACAGGGGCACCACCCAGCUCAGUGCUGGGGCCCCGCCACCCUCUCCUUCCUUGGGAAGUGUGCGGAAAGCUUCAGAUCUUUUUUUAAUUGCCUCUUUAGGGCGCCCUUCAGUUUUUAAAUCUGAAGACCUCGAUCAACUCUACUGUGAACUGAAUUGGUCUCUGGGGGUUGAGGAAUAUGGACAUAACAGAUUCUUGAAAGAUCCAGUAAUGUCCAGGCUGUAUGAUAAUUUUAUAACCUAUGGUAACUCAAGGUAAUGUCCUUGGAUAGUCCCACCAGCGGCCCCCCACAGGUUGUAGAAGAAAUCUUAGGUCAUCACCUGCAUGUGAUUCAUGAUAGCUAAGUAACCAGGAACAAGCUUCCCAAAAGAACAGAAGAAGAUCAAUCAUAGGGUUUCUUUUUUUAAAAUGUAAUUUCUUUAUGGCCAAGAUGACCCUGGUUUUAACAAAACAUUUCUUGGGAUGAGUGAAGUGCUGAAUGAAGGAUAUUUAUCUUGUUGGUUUCUGAGCCCCGAGUUGUAGUACUAACACCAGUUUUGUUCCUUUAGUGUAUUGAUGACUAGAUGGGAACUACUAUAUAGUAAGAACCGCGAGUGUCUUUGGGGCAAGGGUGGCCCAAAAGGCCUUAAAAUGUCAUACAUUACAGGGAGCUCACUAGCUGCUAAGGAACCAGCUCAUUUUGGUUUUGGAAGUCCCGCUGCUGACUUUAUCGAUCAAGUCCAGCCAGUGCAGCACCUGGAACCAGCCUGGUUCUCUUUGCAAGCAGCCCUUGAAACAUUUGUGUCCUUUUAGAGAUUAUAGGCACAAGCUAAGGACAGUUUUGGUAAGAAAACUCAAGGAUUUCUCUUUGGAUUUUUAUCCCUCUCCAGCUCCCAAGUGACUUAGCCUGGUGAGCCUUUACUUUCGCCACAAGAGAUGGCAUUCAGGUUUCAGAAGCAGCUCAGAGUGGAGGUGGGGCAGUGUUUCCAGCUCAGGCUGCGAGGGGGCCAUCCCCUCAGAGGUGCUAGCUCCCAGCUCUGGCAGGCACAGCCUUUCCCCUCAUUCCAGCAAAGGAAAUGAUCUGAGAGAAUCAUUUAAAACAGAAAAGCAAAACCAUAUGCUUACACAAAGGGUUCUAUUAUUUCAGACUUCAUUGGUUUGCAUGUUAGAUGUUCCUAAGGGAAAAGAGACUGCCUGCUGGGCCUUCUGUGAGAAGCAAACAGAUUCACUGUACAAUCUCAGAUUUUACUAAAAUGCAAAUGUACUAUUUCGGUUUCUUGUAACUUAUUUAUUUAAUCAUAAACACGAACGCCUUCUCAUGGCCUCCUUUACCCUC